ACCGCCUCUGCCCUUCUCCAGCCCGGGGCGCAUCCGCACACGAUGCUGCAGCCACGGAUAUGUCGCUUCCAACCCUCGCGCCUGGGAAGAGCGCUGCUCACCGCCCGCACCUACGCCCAGGCCGUCGAGCAGGUCCCCAAGCCGCCAAUCACCCCCACCGUGGCCGCUGCGGGAGGCAUCGUACAGACGAAAGACCCCAGAAAGGACAAAUUCAUCCCCCUGCGCACGUACAAGCCCCGCACCAAUGGCCUGCGACAUCUCAAGCGGCCGGUGAACGACCACCUGUGGAAAGGGCGGCCGUACAUCAAGCUCACCAUUGCGAGAAAGGGCCAGCAUCUGGGAGGAAGGAACAACACAGGCAGAGUCACAGUGAGACAUAGAGGUGGCGGACACAAGAGACGCAUACGCAUUGUCGACUACAAGCGGUACAUUCCAGGAAAACACACCGUGGACAGGAUAGAAUACGACCCCAACCGCAGCGCACACUUGGCUCUCAUCACGCGCAUCGAGACUGGAGAGAAAUCAUACAUCGUUGCAGCGGAUGGCAUGCGGGAAGGCGACGAGAUUGAAAGCUACAGGAGCGGCAUCCCGAAAGACCUGCUUGCCAGUAUGGGCGGUGCUAUUGAUCCUGGUAUGCUGGCUGCCAAGACGGCAGCGCGAGGAAACUGCCUUCCAAUUCACAUGGUGCCACUCGGUUCGCAGGUCUACAACGUCGGCUCAAAGACACAGGGUGGAGGUGUCUUCUGCCGUAGUGCAGGCACAUAUGCAACAAUCGUGAACAAGGAAGAGGUAGAGAAGGCAAAGGGAACUGAGAUCAAGAGUGUCAUCAUCCGUCUACAAAGCGGGGAGAUCCGCAAAGUCAGCUCGGACGCAUGCUGCACAAUCGGCGUUGCCAGCAACCCUCAAUCGCACUUCACAUCUCUUGGUAAAGCUGGACGCUCUCGAUGGCUGGGAAGGCGUCCGGAAGUUCGUGGUCUUGCCAUGAACGCAGCUGAUCAUCCCCACGGUGGUGGUCGUGGUAAAUCGAAGGGUAACGUGCACCCCGUCAGUCCCUGGGGAACUCCGGCCAAGGGAGGUUACAAGACAAGAUAUAAGAGAAACAAGCACACGUUCCUGGUCCAGGAUCGACCACGCAACCAGGGCAAACGCAGGCCGAGGUAG